CGAACAACGGUCUGACGUUGCUGCCUUUGAAAUGGCGUUGAUGCCGUUUAAUACGCUGUUAUUUACUGUAAUUGUGCUCGUUUAGGUCGCUUCAGGCUUUAUUUUUGUGCUUUAGUGUGAACUUCUGAACCCGACCAGUCUAUUAGGGCAUUACAGAGCCGAUAAACAAAAAUGUGGUAAAGCAAAUUGUUAAUAACUGGCGUUGCAUAAUAAGGCCGCAGCUUCCCCCGAGCUUGCGUAGGGAUUACAACGGCUUUUCAAUGCUUGGCCCAACCGCAGCUACACAUCGGUUUUCAAGUGAAUCGCAGCGGACAUGUGUAUCAGUAACAGGAAUCGCAAAGUGAAGAAACAGACUUAGAUUUCCAUUCAACAUUAACAUACCAGCGUUACACAUUUAGGCCUUUAGUUUUAAUUUCUUCUAGCUGACUUAGAUUCUUACGUAUUUGUUUAACACACAGUAAUAGCUUGUUCCCACACAUACACUGAAUAUGGCAUCAGUGCCAGUUUACUGCUUGUGUCGCCUGCCAUACGAUGUGACACGCUUCAUGAUUGAAUGCGACAUUUGUCAAGACUGGUUUCAUGGAAGCUGUGUUGGAGUAGAGGAAGACAAGGCAGCUGAGAUUGACCUGUAUCACUGUCCUAACUGUCAGGUCACUCAUGGACCUUCUGUCAUGCGCAAACGCCGUGGAGGCAAUAAGCAGACAGACGGAGGUGCUGCUGCAGGAAGAGAUCCAAGUCGGCCUGUUAAGACGGGCAGUCCACAGUUUGUUAGAGAGCUACGGAGCCGAACCUUCCCAAAUGCGGAUGAGGUCUUGCUAAAACCGUCAGGCGCCCAGCUGACAGUAGAGUUUCUGGAAGAGCAUUCAUUCAGUGUUCCUGUGAUGGUGCUGAGACGGGAUGGCUUAGGAAUGACCCUACCCCCUUCGUCAUUCGGCGUCACUGAUGUUGAACACUACAUUGGUUCAGAUAAAGAGAUUGAUGUGAUUGACGUGUCUCGCCAAUGUGAUCUGAAGAUGCGGUUGGGAGAAUUUGUUGAAUACUACAACAGUCCCAACAGAGACCGAGUGCUCAAUGUCAUCAGUCUAGAAUUCUCUGAGACCAGGCUGUCAAACUUGGUGGAGACUCCCAAGAUUGUGAGGAAACUAUCGUGGGUGGAAAACCUCUGGCCUGAAGAGUCUGUUUUUGAACGUCCCAAUGUGCAGAAGUACUGUCUAAUGGGAGUGAAGGAUAGCUACACAGACUUCCACAUUGACUUUGGGGGCACCUCAGUGUGGUACCACGUCCUGAGGGGUGAGAAAAUUUUCUACCUAAUUUCCCCCACCCCAGCCAACCUGGCACUUUUUGAGAGGUGGAAUUCCUCAUCGAACCAGAAUGAGAUGUUCUUUGGGGACCAGGUUGAUAUGUGUUACAAGUGUUCUGUCAAGCAGGGAAACACCUUGUUCAUACCAACAGGGUGGAUUCAUGCUGUUCUGACUCCAGUGGACUGCCUGGCCUUUGGAGGAAACUUCUUGCAUAGUCUCAACAUUGACAUGCAGUUGCGGGCAUAUGAAAUAGAGAAGAGAUUAAGCACAGCAGACCUUUUCAGAUUUCCCAACUUUGAGACUGUGUGCUGGUAUGUUGGAAAGCACCUUCUUGAUACGUUCAGAGGUUUGAGAGAAAAUCGCAGACACCCUGCUACUUAUCUGGUUCAUGGAGCUAAGGCCUUGAACAAUGCCUUUCGUACCUGGACACGUAAAGAGGCUUUAGCAGAGCAUGAAGUGGAGAUUCCAGAAACCAUCAAUACUCAGACACUUGUGAAGGACCUGGCCAAGGAGAUUCGUCUGGUAGAGGACAUUUUUCAGCAAAACAUUGGUCGCACUGGACCACAGUUUCCUGGUUCGCCGCUCUCCAAAGCUCCGCUGACCACCUCUCAGAAUUCAGGACGGCCUCCUGGAAAAAAGAAAGGACCCAAGCCCAAGGAGGUGAUAGGAGGCCUUGGGCCUCCAGGAACCAAAAAGAAGAAUCAGAAGGGGCUACUGAAGGCAGAGGCAGGAGAACUCGACCUCAUUGAGAUCCACACUAAACAUACACUCAAGAAAUUUCAACCUGGCAAGUCCAAACACAAGAACAAGUUGGAGCUGCCAUUAGAGGAGUUUGAAGGGAAACUAAAUAAAAGCAAACUGAAGCUUGUGCUGACAAAUGGAAAAAUCCAAGGUAAGAAAGACGGCAGCAGUAACGGUGCGGGAAGUGCUGGAAACUACAAACACCUUGCCACAGAGGGCUCCAGUCUGUCUGACUUGGAGUCUGAGGAUGAGUUGCAGAUUGAUGAGACCCCUCCUCCACGACGCAAACCUGCUGGACCGAGCAAGAAAAAGAAGCAAAGCGGUCUUCCUAGAAAGCUUCCCAGAGCCAAACCCUGUUCUGACCCUAAUCGCAUCCGGGAGCCAGGAGAGGUAGACUUUGAUAUUGAGGAGGACUACACAACUGAUGAGGAGGCACUGGCCGCCCACGGACUGAAGGGUGGUGCCGGAGGCAUUCUGGACUUAUUAAAGGCCAGCAAGCAAGUGGCAGGCUUGGACUCUUCAGCUUUAAGUGAGGAAGCCCCAGCCUCUCCCAGCACCCGUGAUGCUAUCCAGGGUAUGCUCUCCAUGGCCAACCCUCCUUCCUCGUCCUCCUCUUCCUCCUCUUCAUCUCCCUUAUCUAUCUCUGGAGGCUUGACAGAGGGAUUAGGGGUUGUCAAGGAGAAAGGUGGCAGGGCAGUGUGGGUGACAGGAGGGGUCAAAAAGACAGCAAAUCCUGAGAAGAAGCCUGUCAUUGAGCGGCCUGGAAAACGGCCAAUUAAACGACCAGCCCGUCAUCUUAGUGAUGAGGAGAGUCCAGAUGAGCAAGAGACUCUGGGAACUUGUUUUAAGGAUUCAGACUAUGUUUACCCAUCAUUGGAGUCUGAUGAGGAGGAUCACGUCAACAAGACUAAGAUGAAGCGGAAGAAAAACUGGGAUGACACACCUUGGAGCCCAAAAGCCAGGGUGAUGCCCACCCUUCCAAAACAGGAUCGACCAGCCAGGGAAGGGGCUAGAGUCGCCUCAGUAGAAACUGGCCUUGCAGCAGCUGCUGCCAAGUUGGCGCAACAAGAGCAGCAAAAGCCUGCUAAAAGGAAAUACACCAAAAAGCAGCGUCCUCCUCCUCCUGUAGUCACUCCUCCCCCAGUUCAGACUGAGCCAGCCCCACCCUCCCCAACACCUGCUCCAGAGUCUGUAGCAGAUGUCAGCCCAGACAGGAGGAUGGAUUAUUAUUCUGCUAGUCUGUUGGACCAUGAAUAUACAGCAGGACCAGGACCUUUUGGCCCUGGAGGCCCCAGAGGCAGCGGAGCCAUGGCUCCUGGUGUAUUCCUCACUUCAAGAAGACCUUCCCUGUCUCCGCAGAAUAGCAGCUCUCACUCUGGUGCAUCCCCUGCAGGUUUAGCCAGCCAAGGCACAACAGGAGUUGGUCAAGGAAAACGGCCAAAGAAAGGACUUGCAACAGCAAAACAGAGACUUGGAAAAAUUCUGAAAAUUCACCGCAACGGCAAACUUCUCUUGUGAGAGCUGUUGAAAAUGUGGCUGAAGACUCAAUGAGAAUGAAGCAAAUACCUUUGUGAAAUAGGUUUGAAGGAAAUAGAGAUAGUAAUCUAUAUUUUGUACUCUUGAUAAAUUUGUUUACUGUUUUCUCUUGUUAUUGAACCUCACCAUGUCUUGUCCUUCACCAAUUACUCUGCCCAAUUCAACUCACCCACAUCCUCAUCAAGGUAUUUUCAGAAGCAAAUCUGUGAUCAAAAUUGAAUCACUCCAGUGUGCAGGGUUACACGCAAUGUGGUAAAUAAUCUUUAAUGAUAGCUUAUUUGACACUGGUUAUUGGAAAUUGUGCAAAGAAUUUCAAAAUGACAGAUGGACUUUUAUUUAACAUGAAUUGACAAAGCCAAACGGUUUCUUCUGUGUGGGCUGUUUUAAAUGUUGUAUUAUGCAAAGCAACUGUACUGUCCAUCGUACAUUUUUAAAAGGGAAAUAAAACAACACAUUUUUUUAGUCAGUGUAAUGUUUAUAUAGCCCCCAAUUCCACGGACAGACACGUAUGUUCAAACACCGACACACAGUCUUGCAGUUGUAGUAUUGUAUUUAAUUGCCUUUUUACCUCAUACAACACAUUUUUGUGUUUGGCAUUAUGAUAACAGGACACCAAUCUUUACAACAGUAAUCAGUUGUGCAAAAAUCAAGUGUAUGCAUACAUUAGGCUACAUGUGAAUUCUUUUUUUUAGGGAAUUUGUCCUUGAUGUUUUUUUUUGUUAAACUAAUUUUCCUCCAUAUAUUGUAGCUCUUCACCUGAAAUACUAAGCGCUAAACUAAUGCCAAGACUACCACCACAUGAUUCCAUUUAUUCGUCUCAUAUUUAUUUAACAAGGCAUCGUUUUGCCCUCUCAUAGCCUGUGUUAGUGUUUGUUUUUAUCACCUCAUUUUUUUGGCCCCUUUAAUUGUUUUUUCGACCACUUAAAACCUGUACAAAAACGAUAUCCAUUGCUUUGUUAGAUUUUUUUUUUAAUUUGUCAUUGUAAAUAUUUGUAAUAUUUGUAAUUUAUAUAGCUACGUUGAACAGCAGAAAAAUAUAAUGAGAUAAAAAAGACUAGUUUCCUUCCUUCUUGAGUCAGAUGUAGAGAUGUGCUUUCUUACCACAGAAUGUACUUGUCAUAAAAUGUCGGCAGAGGUAUAGAUUUAACUGUGUUAAAACAUUGCGAAGGUGCAGGAUAUGAAUUGAAAUGUAAAUAUAUGUUGUAAUUUAAGUUCUUUUAUAGUUCAAAAACUUUCAAAUUUUUCGUAACAUAACUUGUACAUGAUACAUUGCUGUAUUUGGGAAAUAUCUGAAAUAGUCCUUUUUUAUAUUUGUAAGCAGUAACUGUCAUGCUAAGUUCAUGUUGUCUUGUUAGAGUAAUAUUGGAAGUGUGUUGGAAAAAUGCCCUUGUUAAAUUUCAUCCAUUUAGUUUUAUAUUAAUUAUUGUUGAUAUUCACUUUUGUGUUGGUGUGUACUGUGUGUUUUAAACAUGAUGUGUUUAAAUACGACCUGGAAAAGAUAAAAUAUACCUUGGGCAAAAUGUC